UGGUCAGUUUGCUGUAGUGAAAAAAUGCCGGGAGAAAAGCACUGGUCAGCAGUUUGCAGCAAAAUUCAUCAAGAAACGGAGAACAAAAUCCAGCCGGCGCGGAGUGAGCCGGGAAGAUAUCGAGCGAGAAGUCAGCAUACUAAAAGAGAUUCAACAUCCUAAUGUGAUUGCACUGCAUGAUGUUUAUGAGAACAAAACAGAGGUCGUUCUUAUUCUGGAACUUGUUGCAGGUGGAGAGCUCUUCGACUUCUUAGCUGAGAAAGAAUCUCUCACGGAGGAGGAAGCCACAGAAUUUCUCAAGCAGAUACUUAAUGGUGUUCAGUAUCUCCACUCUCUGCAAAUUGCCCACUUUGAUCUUAAGCCUGAAAACAUAAUGUUGUUGGACAGGAAUGUACCAAAGCCUCGAAUCAAGAUUAUUGACUUUGGUUUAGCACACAAAAUUGACUUUGGAAAUGAAUUCAAAAAUAUCUUCGGGACGCCAGAGUUUGUUGCUCCUGAAAUAGUAAAUUAUGAGCCGCUUGGUCUUGAAGCAGAUAUGUGGAGCAUUGGUGUAAUAACUUAUAUUCUUCUAAGUGGUGCAUCACCGUUUCUUGGAGAAACCAAACAGGAAACAUUAGCAAAUGUAUCUGCUGUGAAUUAUGAAUUUGAAGAAGAGUUCUUCAGUAACACCAGUGCCCUAGCUAAAGAUUUUAUACGGAGACUUCUAGUCAAGGAUCCAAAGAAGAGAAUGACUAUUCAAGACAGUUUGCUGCAUCCUUGGAUCAAGCCUAAAGACACCCAGCAAGCACUUAGUAGAAAAGCAUCUGCAGUGAAUAUGGAGAAAUUCAAAAAGUUCGCAGCACGACGAAAAUGGAAACAAUCAGUGCGCUUAAUAUCCUUGUGCCAAAGAUUAUCAAGAUCUUUCUUGUCCAGAAGUAACAUGAGUGUUGCUAGGAGUGAUGAUACUCUGGAUGAGGAAGAUUCUUUUGUGAUGAAAGCUAUUAUUCAUGCCAUCAAUGAUGACAAUGUUCCUGGAUUACAGCACCUUCUGGGAUCUCUGACAAAUUAUGAUGUCAAUCAACCCAACAAGCAUGGAACACCUCCGCUACUGAUUGCUGCUGGCUGUGGAAACAUUCAGAUGCUUCAGUUGCUUUUAAAGCGUGGAUCCCGUAUUGAUGUUCAAGAUAAGGCUGGAUCUAAUGCAAUCUAUUGGGCUUCUCGACAUGGUCAUGUAGAAAUGCUGAAAUUUCUCAGUGAUAGCAAAUGUCCUUUGGAUGUUAAGGAUAAGUCUGGGGAGACCGCUCUCCACGUUGCAGCUCGGUAUGGGCAUGUGGAUGUGGUUCAGUUUCUCUGUAGCAUUGGAUCCAAUCCAAACUUUCAAGACAAGGAAGAAGAAACCCCACUGCAUUGUGCUGCUUGGCACGGCUACUACUCUGUUGCCAAAGCACUCUGUGAAGCAGGUUGCAAUGUGAAUGUUAAAAACAAAGAAGCGGAGACUCCGCUCCUGACCGCAUCUGCUAGGGGUUACCAUGAUAUUGUGGAAUGCUUGGCAGAACAUGGGGCUGACCUUCAUGCAACAGACAAGGAUGGUCAUAUAGCCCUACACCUUGCUGUGAGGAGAUGUCAGAUAGAAGUAGUUAAAACUCUGAUCACUCAAGGAUGUUCUGUAGAUUUCCAAGACAGACAUGGCAACACUCCCUUGCAUGUGGCCUGCAAAGAUGGGAAUGUUCCUAUUGUGAUGGCACUCUGUGAAGCAAGUUGUAAUUUGGAUGUCACUAAUAAGUAUGGAAGGACACCUUUACAUCUGGCAGCAAACAAUGGCAUUCUUGAUGUUGUCCGGUUCCUGUGUCUUACUGGUGCCAACGUAGAAUCUUUAACCUCUGAUGGGAAAACAGCAGAAGAUCUCGCCAGAGCAGAGCAGCAUGAACAUGUAGCCAGUCUGCUUGCAAGACUUAAAAAGGAUACACACCGGGGGCUUUUUAUCCAGCAGCUGCGGCAUACACAGAAUCCACAGCCCCGGAUCAAACUGAAAUUGUUUGGACACUCUGGUGCCGGGAAAACAACCCUUGUGGAGUCUCUCAAGUGUGGCCUGAUACGAAGCUUUUUCCGAAGACGUAGACCUAGGCUUUCCUCCACAAACUCAACCAGAUUCCCCCCAUCUCCUUUGUCUUCCAAACCUUCAGUUUCAGUAAGCAUUAUGAAUCUUUAUCCUGGUUGUGAGAAUGUCAGCGUGAGAAGCCGUAGUAUGAUGUUUGAGCCCGGCCUGACCAAAGGAGUAUUAGAAGCGUUCGUUUCACCUGCUCAUCACCCUCACUUUUCUGCUGAUGACCAGUCCACCAAGGCCAUUGACAUUCAAAAUGCCUACUUGCAUGGAAUUGGUGAUUUCAGCGUCUGGGAGUUCUCUGGGAAUCCUGUGUAUUUCUGCUGUUAUGAUUAUUUUGCUGCAAAUGAUCCCACUGCAAUUCACAUAGUGCUUUUUAGUCUUGAGGAGCCUUAUGAAAUCCAAUUAAACCAAGUGACCUUUUGGCUCAGUUUCCUGAAAUCAUUGGUCCCAGUUGAGGAGCCAAUAGCCUUUGGUGGAAAGCUGAAAAGUCCCCUGCAUGUUGUUUUGAUCGCCACACAUGCUGACAUAGUGAAUCUUCCUCGGCCUGUUGGUGGAGAGUUUUGGUAUGACAAAGACAUGUCGUUGUUGAAAGAAAUCAGGAACAGAUUUGGAAAUGAUCUGCAUAUUUCAGACAAGUUAUUUGUCUUGGAUGCGGGAGCAUCUGGAUCUAAAGAUAUGAAGCUUCUCCGAAAUCACUUGCAAGAAAUAAGAAGCCAGAUAAUUUCUACUUGCCCACCUAUGACUCAUCUGUGUGAAAAAAUAAUCUCCACACUGCCUUCAUGGAGAAAAAUUAAUGGACCAAAUCAGCUGAUGUCCUUGCAGCAGUUUGUGUACGAUGUACAGGAACAGCUUAAUCCCCUAGCAAGUGAAGAUGACCUACGGCAUACUGCACAGCAGUUGCAUAGCAUAGGAGAAAUUAACAUUAUGCAGAGUGAAACUGUCCAAGAUGUUGUGCUUCUGGAUCCUCGCUGGCUCUGUUCAAAUGUCCUUGGAAAAAUCCUGUCAGUGGAGAACCCAAAAGCUCUCCAUCACUAUAGAGGUCGGUAUACUAUAGAGGACAUCCAGCGUCUGGUGACAGAUAGUGAUGUGGAAGAACUGAUACAGAUUUUGGAUGCCAUGGAUAUUUGUGCAAGGGACCUUAGCAGUGGAGCAAUGGUGGAUAUUCCUGCUCUCAUAAAGACUGACAAUCUCCACAGGUCUUGGACAGAUGAGGAGGAUGAGGUGCUGAUUUAUGGUGGUGUUAGAAUCGUUCCUGUGGAACAUCUUACCCCAUUUCCUUGUGGAAUUUUUCAUAAAGUUCAGGUAAAUCUCUGCAGGUGGAUUCACCAGCAAAGCACAGAGGGAGAUGCUGAUAUACGUCUGUGGGUAAACGGAUCAAAGAUUAUGAAUCGCGGAGCUGAGGUUUUAGUGCUGCUAGUCAACCAUGGUCAGGGUAUAGAGGUUCAAGUUAGAGGAGUGGAAACGGAGAAGAUCAAGUGUUGUUUACUUCUGGAUUCUGUAUGCAGCACCAUUGAUAACUUAAUGGCCACAACCUUACCAGGGCUUCUGACCGGGAAAUACUACCUUAGUCCUCAGCAGCUGAGGGAACAUCAUGAACCAGUAAUGGUCUACCAGCCUAGAGACUUUUUCCGUGCACAGAGUCAAAAGGAGACAUCACUAACUAACACUAUGGGGGGAUACAAAGAGAGCUUUAGCAGUAUACUGUGUUUUGGGUGUCUUGAUGUCUACUCCCAGGGAAGCCUAGGAAUGGAUAUUCAUGUUUCAGAUCUAAAUCUACUUACCAGGAGAAAACUAAGUCGAUUUUUGGAUCCACCUGAUCCUAUGGGCAAAGAUUGGUGCCUUCUGGCCAUGAACCUGGGCCUCCCUGACCUUGUUGCGAAGUACAAUACAAGUAAUGGAACACAAAAUGACUUUCUCACAAGCCCAGUCCAUGCCCUUCUGCAGGAGUGGAGUAAUUCUCCUGAGAGCACUGUAGGUAUCCUAAUGUCUAAGCUGAGGGAAUUAGGUCGCAGAGAUGCAGCAGACUUUUUACUGAAGGCAUCUUCUGUAUUCAAAAUAAAUUUAGAUGCUAAUGGUCAAGAGGCUUAUGCUUCCAGUUGCAACAGUGGCACAUCUUAUAAUUCGAUUAGCUCUGUAGUGUCACGGUAAGAGCAGGUGUUUUGCGUGGACACCUUUUCAAACUGCGGAGAGGAUAAAAGACACAGUGCAAGAGUUUCUGUGAAUUUUAAUUUAUGAGGUUUUACAUCAAACAAUCUUUAUCCUUCUCUCCAGCACCACCUUUUUGUGCAUAAACUUUCUACUUCUAACUGUGAACUGUUGCUCCUUAUCUGUUAAAAAGGCUGGUAUACUCCUGGUGUUUUAAAAUUAUUCCUGAUACAUAAUGUGCUGCUUA